UGUUGCGUGUAGUGCGAGUUCUUUUCCUACUGCUGUAGCUUGGUCUUUCGAAGUAUGAGUUUGUAAAAAACGACGUGUGCUUUCUACAAGGAUACAGGACGGAUUAAUGGUUGUAAACGAGUUAUUGAAAAAAAAAAUCGAAGGCAGCUGAUGACGUUUUAUAAGCUUAAGCCGUUUAUUUAACUUAGUUUUAAUUAAUCCCGUGGAAUUCAGUCUGCAGUCGACGAGUCGUGUUUCUCACAAUUUAUUUUUACUUGUAGUAAGUAUAGGUUAUUUCCACAGCUGCUCUUCGUCGGUGUCUUUUCAUGUGAAAACGUGUAACUUAGGCAUUUUGUCUCGUUUCUUGAUUUACCAACCGAUGGAUCAUAACACAAAGUCAAAAUACUGCACGAUUGUCAAUAAAGCUGACAAGACAAAAUAUCUGUGUUUUUUACACACAAAAGAAGGGCUGCUAAAUGUUGGCUUAACCAACGCUUCAGAUGUUUGGAGUACAGACUUCACAGGGGAGACACUGGCCCAGCAUAUGAAGGAGUUUCGCCUGAAGUCACUUGAAGGUUAUUUUUCAAAAAUUAGAUAUGCGUGUGGAAAUGACAGUGCUUCUGUGCUGCUGGAAGACAGCGGUGUGGUUCUCCGUGUGGGAUCCGCACCAGGGACUCUGACCCUGGCUCUUCCCAGGCUCGGUGACCCCGAGGGCAGGGAGGUGCUCAGAGACCUGCUCUUCAAGAUGGCUGACAGUCUGAGUCACCUGGACAGCACAGCAUCCGUCAGUCCUGCGAAGAGCCAGCAAAGGGGGUAUGCAGAGUUUGAGCCCAGGAGACAACAUACUGGACCUGCUGUUACGGCCAGAAAGCGUGCGCCUGGGGAUUCCCUCAUCAACCCAGGAAUGAGAAGAAAGAGGGCUGCAACUGGAGUCUCGUUUGAUGACAGUGAUGACCUCUGAGCAUCGAAAUGAAGAAGAAAACAGAUGUUGACUUCAACACUUGUUAGUCCCAACUAGUGGGAGUGAAGGAUCAGGCUUCGGUCAGAUUUAGUUGCAUGUCUUCAUGUGACUGUACAACACUCGGCGUGAAUUUAUCAAACCACUAUAUGAAAGCAUUUAUAUGUAUGCUUUUAAACAACUUCUCUAACAUGAAUAGCUGAAAAUGACAUGGAAACUGUAUAUUUUAUUUAUUUUAAUAAUGUGCUGAAUUUUUUUUUUUUUUUAAAUAUACUGAAUCUGGGAGC